AUGACACAACGUGCUCGCCGUUUUCAGUCUGCUUUAGAGAGGCGCAUUGCUAAAGAAGUAAGAAAAUUAAAGAAGACAUUACCGUUUCCUUAUGAUUUGGAACGUCUUAUUGAUGAUUGGGUUUUUAUGGCUUUUCUACUUGGAAACGAUUUCAUACCUCAUAUACCUAAUUCGCAUAUACAUGCAGAAUCUUUGUUAACUGUCUGGGAUACAUAUCAAGUAGUAUUACCGAUAUUAGACGGUUACCUUGUAGAGUUUGGAUAUUUAAAUCUUCCACGCUUUCAUAAGUAUUUAGAAGAACUUUCUCAAUUUGAGCGUGAUUGGUUCGAAGAACGUGAAGCGGCUUUCCAAUGGAUGCGAGGAAAACAAGGUGCUCGUAUGGCAAAUGAGCUAGAAAAACUUGGAUUGUCAUCUGAAGAUAAUCAGGCAUCAUCCCACAAAACUGUCUUUUCAACGGGGAAAUGUACAUCAUUAGAUAAGAAAAAUGAUUUGGAUGAAAUGACUGAUUUUAUAGAUUUAUUCACACCACGAUCUGAGUGUCAAUAUGAUAAUGUUAUACUAGAUGAAGCUGCGGAAUUAAUGGAAGAGGGUGUUGUUUUAUGUCAUAAAAAUAAUUCAUCAAAUCAAUUUCCAAAUAAUAAUAAUACACAUGACGUAAUGGAAGAUAAUCAUCAUCAAGAAGAUGAUGUGUAUGAUGAAGCAGAAACGGAAUUAGAAGAAGGAAAUGAGAAUGUCAGUGAUAUUGAAACUGACACAGAUUUAUAUAAAGAUAUACUGGUUUAUAGAAUGCAUCGUCGUGAUUACUAUUCAUCGAAACUUGGUAUACAACCGGAUGAUAUAUCAAGUGAUCAUGAUUCACAACCAGUUUUACCAUUUGUUCGACAAUUAAUGAUAUUGCCAUCGGAUUCGGCGCAUAUAGUUCCAAAACCUUAUUGGGAAUUAAUGGUCUCUCCAUCUUCUCCAUUAGCUAAAUUCUUUCCUAAAGAAUUUGAAACUGAUAUCAAUGGAAAAAUAGCAUCAUGGGAGGCUGUAGUGUUAAUUCCGUUUUCGGAUCAAGAAUUUCUAAUAAAUGCUAUGAAGGAUGGUAAUGGUAAACUAACUGAACAGGAAAAACAACGCAAUCAACAUAAAUCCCACCUUUUUUAUCGUGCUUGUGUAAUUGGACGUGUAAAAUCUCCUGUAGAAUUAAUUACUUAUGAUUUUUAUCGUACAUCUGUGAACUAUAGUGAAUCACAGUUAAGUCAAUUUUAUACGUCAGUUACUCGAUCUGUUGUUGAUGAUUUUCCAAGUCUAUUGAGUUUACCGUUUACUCAUAAAAUUCAAAGAAUACCAGUUUAUGUUUUUGAACGCCCCAGCAAAUCGGAUAGUUUGGCGUUGACAAUGAAACCCCAUUCAGAAUUUUCUAAAUAUGAUAGUCUUAGCCAGUUAGCUGAAAACAUUCUUGGGCGUCCUUUUCGAGUUCGUUGGCCAUUCUGUGCUACAUUGAUGCCAGUUAGAAUGAUGAAUAAUAGUGAAAUUUGGGAACUAGUGGACUUUAAUAUAGAACCAAUCAUUAAAUCUUCGAGUGAUUUACCCUCCGAAUCCCUACGGUCUCGUCCACUUUUAUCGUCUGAAGAAAGUCAUGAAUUGAAAUGGAUCAAUAGUCAAUUGUCAAGUCUAAAGCACUAUUUUAAUACUAUGGAUUAG